CUUCCACGGGGCUGUGGAGUAAACAAACCCGGUGUCAUGAAGACAGAGAAGUGAGCAGUAACAGUAAGUUGUGGGUCGUCAGAUCGUCGGUGUGCCGGUUCAGUCUGUUUCUGGUGUUUGUAAUGAAACUAUGAUGAAGUAAUCUCAUGAAUCAGCACGAGCAGUGUUCGUAAAAAAAAGUUUACAGAGGUUUAAAAUCAGAAGUUUUUGCUUUGCAGUGGCUGCACAUCAUACCUGCACAUCUUUUAUUCCAUUUUGCGGGUCAGUAAUGCUAAUCUGCACGUUUUGUGUCUAUGACUGACCUCAAAGCGCUACUUUCACUUUCGAUUAAACUAACUAAACGCGACAGAUCCCGUGCUUUGUCUCUCUGGCACCAGAAAGUAGAAAACAAGUGAGUCUCAAGGUGUUUCCAGCUCCUUCCUGAAGAUGCAUAAGCAGGGAAGCCUGGUUAGGCUGUUGGGGGGUCCAGGUGUUUCACCAGGUGACAAGACAGCUAAAAAACACCAGUUUAUUUCCUCAGAGCUAAACACGGAGGAGGGGAGGUGCUGUGGGUGUGCCCCUCUCACCUGCCCGGACAGGCCGUCAUCAUAGCCCAGGACCAGAGGUUCCUGCUGAGUUUAGCAGACUGAUGUGCUGCAGAUCGAUGAUCAACAGUAUCGUUUAACCGUGAAAAUGUCUGAGAUGGAUUUCCCAGUGGAGGCAACACUACAUUUGAAAGAGUUUCAAGAUGAGAGAGAAGUGAAGAAUAUCUUCAGGUUGCAUGGCUUUGAGAUGCAUGAUGUAGGAGAAGGUCAGGUGCGUGUAAAGGGUCGUUUUUCUAAGCUCAAAGAGGCAAAGGCUGAAUUAGAACAGCUUCCCUUAUCACAAACCAAAAUGUCGCCAUCCUCAUCAUCCUCACCAACCCCAGCUCCAUCCUCUGGAGCCAUUCCCAAAAACUACAGUCGCAGAAAGAAGCCCCCACAUGCUGCUCUAUCUUCCCCCACCUCCUCCUCAUCAUCAGCGCCAGGCCCUUCUGGUAGCCGUCCAGCCUCUCAGGGGUACGCUGCAGCCUCGUCCCCAGACCAGCGUGGUUCCCUCAGGCACAGAGAGGAGACUUUUGUCAUUGAUGCAGAUGUGUUCAAGUAUGCUGACCGGUUCAGGAAAAAAGAAAUGGACAGCAUCCUGAUCAGCCAUGAUGUGAAAAUGAAAGCAAAGGAUUGUGGUGAUAUGGUCAAAAUCACUUUAACGGGGAGGAACUCAAAGACAGCACUGAGUAAAGUGCAGAGCCUUAUGGCUUCUCUCAGCAAUACACUACGCACACAGGAAGUUCCCCUGCAGGACAUGUCUGAUGAUGGCAAAACGCUUUUAACGAAAAUUAAGAAAAAAGGAAACAUCGACGGUUUGGUGCUGGUGUGCGAGAUGGGCGACAGGCUCCAUCUUAUUGGCUCAUCUCGCGAGAGCUUCGAGUUAAAGCAGAGGUUGCUGGAUGGGCGUGACCGGCACGGACGCACGGGGAGAGCCUCAGCUAAAGGCUCCAGGGGAAGGAGCAGCUCCGCUCCACCGACUAAUCGCAAAAGCACAGAAAUAGCUGCCAACCCUGAUACAUCACCCGGUGGAGCCGCAGGUUACUCGCCAUCGAAGCACCGGGAUGGUGAACAGAAAGAUGCCACGACUGGACAGGAAGUUGAUGCUUACCAUAGCCGGCCAAGAGUCCGGUCUCUGUCCCGUGAAAAUAAAGAUGCAAAGAGGGUCAAUGGUAACCCGAAAGAGAGAGAAAGUAAACCUCCACCUCAGAAGUCAUCCAAGUUAAAAAACCUUUUCAGAUUUAACUCCAAUGAGAUAAAGAACACAUUUAAAAAGAUAAAUAGAAAUUUAAAAAAGAAAUGAGAGAGAAUCUCUCUUGGCACAAAAAAGAGCACCGUUGUUCUUCUUGUGUGUGAGUAUUAAAAGGGUCUAAAUGCAUGGUUUUUUUCUUACUGAGUACCUGUGUGGUGUUACACCACUAAUACUGAAACCAGGGUUCAAGCUUGAAAGGAAUAUGUGUUUGCCUUUAAAGGAAAUGCAGCCUAGAUCAGUGGUUAGCUUAGCUUAGCAUAACGACUGGAGAAUGACACUAAACCUCAUCAUGAAACACUUUACAUCUUGUUUAUUUAAUCCAGACAAAAAACAUGUUUUGGGGGGAGAACAUGUCCUAGCCUGGUGCUGUUUCUGCAAAGAAUAAUUUGACAUUUAAAAAAACAAAAGAUUUAUAAUUAAUCUGCAUAUUUUUCAAAAUGUCCGAUUAUUCUUCUGAAAAGAUACAAAAGUUUAUAUUUUAUUUUUGCAGAUGCCACCGGUGUGUCUGACUUUGCUCUGUUCACCUGACAAUACUGAAACAGAGCUAAUCAUCUGAAACCAGAAGUAAUAAAAUGUCUGCAUAAAGCAUGAGACUGUGGACCUCCCCACCAGUAAAAAACCACCCAGGAAAUCAGUUUCCUGUUUAAUAAUUACAUACAACAACAGAGGAGGUAGAGGUGAGCCCUGCCUUCUUCCCCUUUUCUGAGUCUUCUGGUCAAAAUGUAGUCGAUGGAGCCACCCAGUGAUUAGUCAUUUUAAAGAAACAGCUCCAUCCUACCCUUUUUUUUUAAUCUGAAGAGUUUCAAAUCUGACUUUUACUUAGAAUCGACUAAAUGAAUAAAUAGUUUGUGUAGUGUUGUGAACAAGCUUUCAAGACCCAAAGAAAUGUGAAUCAAUGUUCUGUUUAAACAGGAGCUUAAACCAAAGGACGUUUUCUGUUCAUUUUCUGUUUAUGAUUGAACUGUUUUAUUGCUGCUUUUUUACACUCAGACUUGUUAGAUGAUGGUGUAAUCUGUCAGUCGGGUCAGAUCUAAUUAUCCUCUGGUGACCUUUGAAUGAAGUCGAUCAUUUAUGCUGUUCAGACUUUGGGAGAUUUUCCAGAGGUUCAUUUGGAUAAAGUCCAGACUGCUUGAAGAAUGAAGGUUCGUGCCUCAAACCUGUCAAUGUUGGCAGGUACACCACUACCAGUACGCCUAUCUUUAUAAUAUCAGCUGUGUAGAUGUUUCAGUUUAGCUCCGUUGUUUACCUUUAACUUUUUUUAAUAGUUUAAGUGUAAACAUUGACUUAUUUCUGUUUUGUGGUGCAAUAUUCUGAUUUUGAUUCUGACACAACACUCUUUAAAAGUAGAUUUUUUUAACAUUUUAAACACUAAAAAUAAGCUUUACAUAAAAAGGAUUAACGUUAAAGAGGCAGGACAUGGACAUGUGCAGAGGAGGGAUAAUGGAUAUAAUGGACAUGCUUAAUAUGAAGGGGUAAAAGAGGAAGACCAGGAUGUCAUGACGGAGGACAUGCAGAGGGUUGGUGUGACAGGGGGGGAUGCUAAGGGCAGGGUGAGAUGGGGGCAGAUGAUCCACUGUGACCCAUAAAUUGAGCAGCCCAAAGAUAAGACGACAGUGAGACUAACUGAAGAGACCAUGACUCUGUAUUUAAUAGUUAAUGAAUCGUUUUUAUUGUCAACUCAGUUGACUGACAUCUCUUAAUCGUUAUGUUUGAUGGUUGCACCACCAUUGUUUAAUAUUUCACACAUCGGUAUUUGCUCUGGAUCAUAAUGACUCACUGAAAUGCAAAGUAUGUGAAUGUAUAAACCAGUGAAUAAAAAGCAAGCACUGUGCACAUUUUAAGGGCAUGUGAUGUUUAUUAAAUGUGGUACACCUGUGUUUUCCUUCUGGAUCUUUUAGUGACUGUGUGCUCUGUGUUAUUACAUUUUCCCUGUAACACCGAAGUGCAGCGCCUGGUUGGAGUCAGAAAAAGAUGAGAGGAAGCCAGAGCAGGAAGUGAAAACGUCUCUGACGUUGAUCUGACCUGAGAGAGGAAGUAUUGAUGAGGAUCUAAUAGGCUCACUGUAGUAACUGAAAGACCAGCUGAGUGUUUGAGUGGAUUUUGCUGCCAUUUUGUGGUAAAAAAGAUUUAGGAUUGGACACUUAAAGGAAGCUAGAGGAUGCCAAGAGGUAGAUGAACGCCCUGCAGUAGCGAGUUCAAGCAGGGAUGGCGGAGCUGGAAGGCCUGGAGUUUGGGAAGUCAGACUUUGUGCUCCUGGACGAGGUCACGAUGGAGCAGUUUAUGGAAAAUCUGAAGCUGAGGUUUGAGAAGGGCCGAAUCUACACCUACAUCGGAGAAGUGGUCGUCUCCGUUAACCCAUACAGACAGAUGGACAUUUACGGCAAAGAUAACAUUGAAGCGUACCGAGGCCGCGAGCUGUACGAAAACCCUCCUCACCUGUAUGCAGUGUCUGAUGCUGCCUAUAAAGCCAUGAAGAGACGAGCCAAAGACACCUGCAUCGUCAUAUCAGGUGAAAGUGGGGCCGGAAAAACAGAAGCCAGUAAAUACAUCAUGCAGUACAUUGCAGCAAUCACAAACCCAAGCCAGAGGGCAGAGGUCGAGAGUGUGAAGAAUGUGCUGCUGAAGUCCAACUGCGUGUUGGAGGCCUUUGGGAACGCCAAGACAAAUCGCAACGACAACUCCAGCCGCUUCGGCAAGUACAUGGACAUCAACUUCAACUUCAACGGCGAUCCCACCGGAGGACACAUCAACAACUACCUGCUGGAGAAGUCCAGGGUGGUGCAACAGCAAGGAGGUGAGAGGAACUUCCACUCGUUCUAUCAGCUGCUGCGUGGAGGCUCUGAUGAAAUGCUGCAGUCGUUUCACCUGCAGAAUGAUCCUGCUGUUUAUGUUUAUACCAAAGAGGGAGCGGAAACUGCUACCUCCAACAAUGAUCGCUCGAGCCACAAAGCCGUGUUGAGCGCACUGGAAGUUAUUGGCUUCUCAAAAGAGGAGAUCAACUCAGUUUAUCAGAUCCUCGCCACCAUUCUGCUUUUGGGCAAUAUGCAAUUUGAGAGCGAUGGUGAGAGCGUUAAUAUUGUGGGACAAGAAGUUGUGAAUCACAUCUCAGAACUGACGGCCACAGAACCGGACAGUGUCAAUAAGAGCCUCCUGUACCGCACGGUGGCCACUGGAGGAGGCGAGGUCAUUGAGAAGGGGCACACAGAGCAGGAUGCCUGCUUUGGACGGGAUGCUUUUGCCAAGGCUCUCUAUGAAAGGCUUUUCGGCUGGAUCGUCAGCCGCAUCAACAGCAUCAUUGAGGUGAAAGACUACGACCCAGUGCUGCAUGGGAAAAACACUGUAAUUGGUGUGCUGGAUAUCUAUGGCUUUGAGAUCUUUGACAACAACAGCUUUGAGCAGUUCUGCAUCAAUUACUGCAACGAGAAGCUGCAGCAGCUUUUCAUCGAGCUGAUCCUCAGACAGGAACAAGACGAAUAUCAGAGAGAAGGCAUCACCUGGCAACAUAUUGAAUACUUCAACAACCAGAUCAUUGUCGACCUGGUGGAGCAGGCCCACAAAGGCAUCAUCUCCAUUCUGGAUGAGGCUUGCCUCACUGUUGGAAAAGUCACUGACACAGUCUGCUUGGACAGCAUGGACACCAAACUGGCACAGCACCCCCACUACACCUCCCGCAAGCUCAGCCCCACUGACAAAAGCAUGGACUUUCAGAAACACUUCCGUAUUCGCCACUAUGCCGGAGACGUCACAUAUUCCGUUGAGGGCUUUUUGGACAAGAACAAGGACCUGCUUUUCCAAGACUUCAAGCGCCUUAUGUACAACAGUGCCAACCCAGUCCUAAAGGAGAUGUGGCCAGAUGGACAUCUGAGCAUCACAGAGGUCACCAAGCGGCCUUUGACUGCUGCCACCCUGUUCAAGAACUCCAUUGUGGCUUUGGUUGAUAAACUGGCGUGCAAGGAGCCAUACUAUGUGCGAUGUAUAAAGCCCAAUGAAAUGAAGUCACCGGUGUUGUUUGAUGACGCCCGCUGCCAGCACCAGGUGGCCUACCUCGGCCUGCUGGAGAACGUGAGGGUACGCAGGGCGGGCUUUGCCUACAGGCAGCUCUAUGCUCGCUUCCUGCAGAGGUAUAAAAUGACGUGCGAGUACACCUGGCCAAACCACCUGAUGGCGUCAGACAGGGAAGCUGUCGAGGCCAUCGUCAUCCAGCAUGGUUUCCAGGACGACGUAGCAUACGGCCAAACAAAGCUGUUUGUGAGAACGCCGCGGUCUCUCUUCACACUGGAGCAGGAGAGAAACAACCUCAUCCCCAUCCUGGUGACUUUCCUGCAGAAGGUGUGGCGCGGGACUCUAGCUCGUGCAAGGUGCCGGCGGAUGAGGGCCAUCUACGCCAUCAUGGGCUGCUAUAAGCGCUACAAGGUCAAGGCGCACUUCUGGGAGGUGGAGCGGAGGUUUGCUAAUGUGCGAACUAUGGCCGACUAUGGGAAGAGCUUGGAGUGGCCGACGCCGCCUGCAGCACUGUCGCAGUUUCACAGCAUCACAGUCAUGCUGCAUCGCAGGUGGUGGGCGAGGCAGAUCGUGAAAAACAUCCCGCCGUCGGACAUGCUGGAGGUUCGGGCCAAAGUGGCAGCUAUGACGGCUCUGAGCGGAGAGAGAAAAGACUGGGGAGUCAGCCGAGCCUGGGAGAGGGACUACCUGGGAAAUGCCCGAGACUGCCCUCAGACCAGCGCCGGCUUCAUCCGAAUUUCCAAGGAGCUGAAGAACAAAGACGAGUACAGUCAGGUCCUCUUCUCGAGCUUCUGUAGGAAGGUGAACAGGUUCAACAAAAGCACAGACCGAGGCCUGCUCAUCACAGACAAGUACAUCUACAAAUUAGAGCCAAAGAAACAGUAUAAGGUUCUGAAGAAGCUUCCUUUAGACUCAUUUACCGGAGUGAGCGUGACCACCGGGGUCGACCAGAUGGUGGCGUUACACACGUCCUCCCAGGAUGACGUCCUGCUGUGCCUGCAGCGAGGCGAGCUGUGCCCCAACCAGGACAGAGUGGGUGAACUGGUGGGAGCGAUUGUGGACCACUUCACACGGGUGAAAAAAAUCCAGUUUCCUGUGAAGGUUUGCCGCUCAGGUCUGGAGAUUCACAUGCGAGGCAAGCCCAAGAACAUCUCGGUGGAAUCCAAAGCCGGUCAAACCAUCGCCGAUUUCAAGAAGAGUAAAGACGGUUUCAUCCUGCUGGUCCCCGCUAACUAACAGUCCCCCAGUCAAACCAUUAACAGCUACACCUCAUCAAUAUCUAAGGAGAAAAUAUCAGCCACAGACAACCCAGCUGGACUUUAGCAGGAGUUUCUUUUAAUACAUAUAAACAAUUUUGCAGUAUAUGAGGAUUUUGAAGUAGUAAUCUCAGCAGAUUUUCUGGGAGAAUCUGCUUUCUUAAGCGCGCAGAGGAAACUGAAAGCUGAAAUACUUUUAUAUUCAUUUAUAACACAUUUAUAUGUAUCGUACUGUUUAUGCUUUUUUGUAUUUUUAUGCAAUAUAAAGAUGUUUUUUUAAGAUAUGAUUGAAAAAACAGAAACAAAAAGCACUUUUUAUGAUGAUAAAUAUGGACAUGUUUUUGUGUUGUAACACACCGCUGCCUGCAGACUGAGAUAAUUAUGUCAGAAGUAAUAAAAGGGGGGAAGAAAAAAAGACAGCGAGGGAAAAUUAAUUAUUCAACAUUUACUUAAGUUCUCUGUAUGUUAAUGUUUCUCUAAUGUUUUGCCACAUGAACAGAAUGAAUGUCGACUUUAUGCAGUAAUUAAAACCCAUUAAAAUGUUCAGCCUUAAGUGGCUUUAAGGCUUCCCUGCACAAAUAUACUGAACAUACAGAAUCAGUAAGGACGCUUCUAUCCGUCCUCUGAGCGGCAGCUAUGAGCCCGACGUCCACAGAAAACUGGACCCUGUGACGCAGGAGCUGCUUCCUCUCUCGUCCCCUUUCCUGAUAGUUAGACUGAUAAACACAAACCAGCACUGGAGAGGUAAUUUAAACGAUUUCUGAGGAAUGAGACUGAACGUUCCUUGUUUAUUUAUUGUGCUAUCCGGUUGUGCAGAUAUGUUUCUUUUAUUGUGAAAAAACUCACCAUGAAACCUGCUUUUAUACAAACCUCUUCUAUUGGAGUCUUUUACAGAACUUUAAAUAAAGUACGACAUUAAAUAAAGUGUAAAUUUGUCGUCUCAGGAGAAGCCGCACUAAACUGAAGUCCAGCUUGUUUAUCAUGGUUAAAGCUAACAAAUCAUAGAAGGAAAAACUUGCAAGAAACGUGUGAUUAAGUUGAACCUUGUGUGUUUCUAAUUACAGUGCAGUUGAAAGUCGUGCUACCUUUGCACUGUUCACGUUUUAAGAUUUGUAGAAACAAUAAUUGUGACAAUAAAUGUUUUUUUACAUUUA